UUUUGCAUUGCAAUUGACAUUUUAAGUUUUUAUUGCGUGCAUUUUGGCGCGGCUUGUCGCUCUAGUUGCGCAGCAGCCUGCUGGAACUUUCUGUUCCCCUGGUGAUUGAGCUCGAGAAAUCUUUUAAAUUGGCUGACAAAAUCGACACAAAUCGAGCGUUUCAAAGAGGGUUUUCCGAUAUUUGACACCAGGCCAACAGAUAUCCCAGUAGGUGGCUACUGGGUUCGGGGAAUUAAUUUCGCGGAGCCCUCCCAUUGGUCGACCAAUAGGAACACACCUUCCCGAUUGCUUAGAACAACCGUUACUUUCGUUCCAGCACACAUAGGCGUAGUCUCCGCGAGCAGGGGUUUGUGGGGCAAUACGUCCCCAUUUAGCGAUUUUAAUCCCCAUUGACUAAAUUCUGACUACGCCUCUGCUAAACGCAGAAAACUGAUAUUCGGACACCUACUAUGAUUUAUGUUCGCCUGGUGUUUCAAACCGAGAAAUCUCAAAUUUUGCCCAUCCAACUGGACCGAUCACAACCCAUUUUUUCUUGGAAACUCGACAAUUUAUGAUUUUUAAGUACCAGGCCAACAGAACGCUUAGCAAGUUCCCAGAGUUUUAAGCAAGUGUUGAACGAACAAAUGUUUUCUUUAAUGAUGGCAGCAACAAAGCCACUCCCCUGGAAGACAUCCGUUAGUUUGCAACUAAGCUCAAGCUAGAGAUGGGCAAACAGCUUGUUUCUUUGUUCGUGUCACGCGUUUGGCACGGCAGGGUUGAAACCCCGUGCUGAUCCUUUUCCAACUGCUAAACGUUUCUGGUCUCCUGGUGUAUCCAGAAAUUGUUUUUCUGGAGAGAAAACAAUAAUUGUUGUUUUACGCGCCGAUCUAGUAAAUAAAAUUGCUACGAAAUGCUGAGUUUGUAAGUUUUAUUUGGUUAAUUUUAGGCGCUGUUUCCACUUUCCACCCUUCUUUUUUCAGGGGCUGUUUUACCUUUUUUUUAUUAUAAUGCCACCUGCUUUUCAUAUUCGACACUUAUCGCCUGGCGUCGCCUUGACGACCGAUCCAAGUAGCCUUUGGUGUCUCCGUUCAGAGUGAACAGCCAUAUUAUACUGCGGACAAUCAGAGGUAAAUACAGGAAAGGUUGAGCUGCUUUGAUAAAGGAAAUCAGAUGAACCAGCUCGCGCACGCCCACGUUUAGAUUUAGAUUUAAAACUCGAAAAUUGUUUAGUUUCGCCGACAUCAAAUCCCCAAACACAAAAAUGGUAAAGCGAUUCAAGGCGUCUAGUUCGCUGGGGGCCAGCGAUGGUGGAAGCGUCAGAAGUGGCAACUGCAAGGACUCGGAUCAGGUCUAUUGUGUGCUCCUCCAUGUGGUCGAGGCGAUCAACUUUGUGAGCCGCGAUGGCAGCGAGCGGGAGCAGAUUGUGAUGAACGCCGCCCUUAACACGGUGGACUUUGAGGUCGAGGGCACCCAGUCGGCCGAAACCAUUAUCUUCAACAGCAACUGCAUUUGGGAGUGCGACCUGGCCGGGAUCAAGCGCAUCAAGACGGACCACCGACCCGUGAAGAUAACCUUCUCUGCGUGCCGUGGCGGUGGGGCUGAGCGCAAGACCAUUGGCAGCCUGCUUCUUCCGGUGCGAGGACUUCCGGUCCUAGCCACCACGGGCAGCCACAACGGCGCCAAUCUGAAAAUGUUCUGGCACAAGCUCAUCUGCAUCAGCAGCGAGUUCCGCUCCCACAAGCCGGAGGUCCUGCUCAUGCUGGCCAUCAUCAAGAAGUCCAUUCUGCAUACCAAGGACUUCGAUCACCUCAUGCAGUUCACCGAACAAAAAACGCCACCCACGCCGCCACUGCAGUCUCCCGGACACUCGAUAACUGCUAGCAUGCUCCAGUCGCAGGCCAACGUCUACGUGCAGUCGUUGGUGCAACUGGGCCUGCUGCAGGUGGGCAAUGAUCCGCUGAUAGAUUGCGACAUAAUCGAGGUGGUGCUGCAGCUAAAGCAGCUGAAGAACGUGAACCGGCUGGUCAAGACCCUCGACGAGGGCAAGGGAACCGGCUCCGUGAUCCUGGUGUUCGACUUCGUGGGCAAUGUGACCAACAUUGAGCUGAAGCUAAACGAGUCCGACUCCUACAUUCUCAACGACGUCCUUGGGCUGCGUUUUAAGACAUCAUUGCGCAGCAUGCGACUCUAUUUCCAACGCAUCUUCUAUCUGCCCAUCAACAUGUACAUGAAUGGCUCGGCAAUAGCCACAUACCGCAUGGACUUUGGUAAUCUGCUGCCUCCGGAUAACUACUUCUCGGAAAAACGAAAAUACACCCACAACGGCUCAUUUUCCUUUAAUCGACUUGCAAAAAGGGACAGCGCUAGAGAACCCAAGUCGCCUCUGAUGGAGUACUCCUUCAGUGUGGACGUAAAGACACUAUUAUCGGGGCAGGGACAGGAGGAGCCUGAAUCUACAUCUUCGGUGGCGAGCGGAGUCAUCAGGGAGUUGCCAAAGGAUCGCAAGGACCCUGAAGUCAUGUCACUAAGCCACGAUACUGCCUCCGUGGCCAGUCUGAAUGUGGGUGCCGAACUGUCAGUCUCGGAAGGAUCCUGCCGCUCCACUUCCCCCAAAGAAGAUGGGCCCGAUUCCGAUGCUUCAGUGGAUCAUCGAAAGCCCGAAAAUAGGCGAAAGAAAUUUACACGAUUGCAGUGUGAGGAAGACAGUGGGGAAAGCGAGGAUGAGUUGCGCCUGGGAAAGACGUUUUCCGCUUUAGUGGUUCGUGAGGAUCUUAAUUUUAGUAACGUGGAAAAAGCAGUAGUUCGAAAGCCUAAAAAUAUAGAAAAUCUACAAGGUGAUGAUUUCGAAACUGCUUCCUGCGAUGACAAAAAGUUAACUAAAGUAGUGGAAGAGGAAACAAAAUCUCAAAGGAAGAACAACAUAGAACCUACAACCAAAGAAUCCUCUAGCUCUCCAAAAAAACUCAAGAUUAAGUCGCAUAAAUCAAAUGAGUUUCUCAGAGAAUCUUUUAAACUAAAAAUUAAGACUCCUAGGAACAACAUAUCAACUUCAGAGGAAAAUGAUUUCGAAAACUUUGGAGAGCUGACAUCUUUAGAACUGUUUGAGCUCGAGGAAAAAAGACAAGCAAAAGAAGCUGAACUGCUGUCUUUUAGAAUGCAAAGGAUCAAAGAAUCUUCACCAAUGCCAAUGGAAAGCAAAGUUCGAAAAACCCAAAUUAAAGACACUGAAGUAUUAAGAAAUGGAAGCAACAGAAGUUGUAUUGACGAAGCUACAGCAGAAUCUCCCAAACAGUCGGCCCCCAAAGAAAAAGUGUGCAACAAAAACGUAAAAAAGUUGUCAAAAACACAACUCAAUGAAGUUUCUUUAACCCAUAUAAGUCCAUCUGAGUUAAAAAGACAAAUGGUUUAUGAAAAACAAACAGAUAGUAAAGUAUUUUCAGAGAAUAGCUAUGAACAGAGUGAUGAGGAUUUAGGUUACGGACAAGUUCUUCCUGAAAAACCUAAUUUUUCCAGGGAAAAACUAACUAAGAAACCAAAGUCCCAAAAUUUAAAAACCAAAAGGAGUUUAAAUGAUGUUCAAAGUGUAGGCAAAACCAAAUCACAAUUUUUGGCUUCCGAAGAAUUGGAAGACUUUGAAGAAAUGUCCACAAGCACCCAGGAAACGAGAAGUUCCAAAACAUCUAAGGGAAACUUGGGACUUCGGGCCCGUUGGGUGGAGGUUAAUAAAAAACAGACACAAGUCUUGGAUGAAACCGAGAAGUUUCUGCAGGAGACUUGCCGUGCCGAACUCGAUGAGGUCCUCUACGAGGAUCAGUUGGCGUUCGGCCUGGCAAAGCCUCUUAAGCUCAAAAAGAAGGUUGGAAAAUCCAUGGAAGACAAUGUAAAAAGCAUCAAUUAUGAAAACUCAUAUUUGGAGGAAAUCGCCAUCUGUCAGUCACAAGAGGAUCUGGUGAAAAAAAAGAAGAGGACUAUGCCCAUACACCAGAUGGAAAUCGAAAGCUCCGAGGAAUACAUCUCAUUGUCGGAAGGCAUUUUGAGAUCUGCUGAAAUGAUCUAUUCAGAAACAGAACAUCGGGAUGUUCGAGUCACUUUUGCACAACCCAAAGGAGGUCGUGUUAAGAAAAAGAUGAGGGCAGACGAAGACGAUGUAAUCCAGGAUAAUACUUCUCUAUCGGAGGCAAACUUACAAUCCACCGAGAAGAUCUCUGCAGAAUUUGAGCAGCGGGAUGCUCAAGUAAAAUCCAAGAAGAGGGAAUUCACUAGCUCCCAAGAAUUUAUCUCGGAGUCUAAUUUGAAAUACACUGAGCUCACUAACCAAACUGCUCAACCGCAGAACGUAAGAGUCCUCAAAAAAAAGAAAUUAAAAAAGAUGUUAGUCAAAGAAGAUUCUCAGAUCCAAGAUAAUGAAUCUCAGAAAGAAGAAGCAGUUAGGCCAGUCAAAAAGAAGGUGCUUCGAAAAAAGUCAUCAGUAAUUUCAGACAACAUAGAGCACACCAAAAACGAACAUCCACCGGAAGAAAUACCAGAUGUCAAAACAAAAAAAAUAAUUAGGAAAAAACCAAAACCCCUGGUUCACAAUCCAUUGGUUGAAGAAAUUACAAAAAACCAGACUGAAGUAUGUCAAAAUUUCCAAAAGAAGACCACUACCCGAAAGAAAUUUAAAGAUUUAAGCACCUCCGAAGAAUGUUAUGAAUUCGAAAAGCCUACAAAUAUGUCCGAUACAGUAGAACAAAAAAUCAAGUUCUGGCGAAGGCAACAAAUAGAAAUUUUUGAGCAGGAACUGGCACGCAAGGAGUUGCAUUAUAAAACUCAGUUAGAGGAGAUGGAAAACCAAGAGGCGAGAAUACAUAAACUCAGCAAGGAUGAAACUCAUCUGGAUGAGACUUUUAUUAGUAAAAUAAAAAACGUAUCGUGCGUUGACUAUGAGGCGAAAUUCCAAGAGCUAGAAGAGCACAUAGCUCUUUUAAAAUCUGAAAUGGAGGAUCAAGUAAGGCUUUUCGAGGAUCGAAGUGUGGAGCUGCGGCAGGAAAACCUUCAGUUGUGCACAGAGAAAACCGCACUUAAGAUUCGCAUCGCGGCCAUGGAACAGCAGAUCGAGGAUUUAAAGGAUCAGGGCUCCGGCGGGGGAGACCUGAAGCAGGUUCUCGGGGAGCUGAGGUCCCAGAAUAGGCGAUACAAUAUGCUUGCCUGCGAGAAGGAACGCUACAAAAAGCGCUGGCGAAGAUCCGCCAGGAGGGUUCAUACCCUCAAGUUGGCCAUGUACGAAAGAAAUAUGGAGCGGGAGCAUUGCAUUAAAGUCGAACCCAUUGACCUAAGACAGAUCCUGACCCAGGAUGCCAUGGAAUUUGAGCGAGAGUAUGGACAGUUUCGUCAGAAUGGCCAAUCUUCGAGGUAUUCACUGGGAUCGAUGUCAGGAUCGGGUGACUAUUCAACUCCAAACAAAAGUUGUAUACUAGCUAACAACAACAUUUGA